CUCUCUCUCUCUCCAUCACGCACAUUCAGACUGGCAGGCAGACCAGUCACACACACACACACGUACACACGCACACACACACACACUUUCCCUUAGCUGUGCUUUUGUGUUUUGUCAGAAUUAAUGAGAAAAGUUCCCUUGCCCUAGGGGUAAUUAGUGUCCUUGGAGUUAAAUAAGCUAAUACUUAGACACCUCUGGCACAAGCAAUUAUGUUUGUGUAUUGAAUAAUUGAUUCAAAGAGGGGGGAAGGGCUGCUAAUCAGAUCUGAGCAUAAUGAAUUGAUUUAAUUAACAGGGGAAUCCGAGGGUCUCUGGAAACUGCGCGCAUUUAUUCAGUAGCAGCAGAGGCGAGCGCGGCACAUAAACUGGGAGCGAGGCGGCGUGAGUUUGCUUUUAGCACUUGUCACAUUUUGCGAUUGGAUUUGUUUGAAUAUAGUUGCUGUUUGGGAGCAAAUGAGAGCGAGAAAGCGAGAAUAUUAACAGCGAGAGGAGCUCAGCCGUUCAGUCUGAGCGUCUGAUCCGUCCGUGUGCGCACACUUAUUACACAUAGGCGACACUAGAUUUAUAUCGCUUUUCAUUGUUUUGCCUUUUUGCGACUCGCAUGGAAUUUAUCAAGAGCAAGCAAGGCGGUUUGAUCGCUAUUUAUUCGCGUUUCACUUCAGUCCGGAUAGUGGGGAUCUCGCCGUGUUUAUAACCGUGUAUUUGAAUUAUUAUUGAUAGCAAGGAGGGAGAGAAAGCGUGCAGACGGUAAUUCAUCUUUCCAGGGUUUUUCCUCUUUUUUUUUCUAUGAUUUAUCGAGGCGUAGUCUAGUCAACCGCGCGUUUCAAAGCCAUUUCCAGGAGCAGCAGCUGUGAGCAGACCGAGCCGUGCAGCCUGCUGGAGCCGAGGACGGAUCGCCCGGGGAAGGACUCCUCGUUCCUCAGGACGAUGGUGUUGGACAAGGAAGAGGGUGAGUAACAUCUCCUGCUGUAGGAUUCAAUAACACGGGGAGUGUGUGUGUGUAGAGGGGGGGUGAGUAUAACACGGCAAACUAGUGGUAUUUUAUGUGUUUACCCCGUGCACCCGCAGCCUUACGCUUUGUACCGGGCUCACUCAGGCUCAUUUACCCGCGACAGGCAUCCGUGAUCCCCGCGUAAGGAGAGAGCUGCACACCGGGGGGAUUGCUUUUCUGCACCGUGAAGUUGCACGAAAAACCCACUAUCGAGAAAAACUGCAGUUUAGAGAGUGGGAGAGUUGGUGUUGUUUAAUUCGAGCAGGGUUCGUCUGAGUUUUUGGAGGAGACUCCACAGACGCUGCAGUGCAUGUGGCUCCUCUUUUUUCCCUUCCCUCCUCUCUUAAGUGCUUUUCGCGUCUGUGAAGUUAGCGAGGCAGCCUUUGACAUCAGCACGGGAUGGGAGAUGACAGCAGAGUGCUUUUAACUUGAUUGCAAAUUAUGGAUAGCGCCGUGCAACGCUCGCUCACUCACUUUCCAUCCAAAUAGGCCUCCUUGCAUUACUUAUCUAUUUCAAUGUAUUUAGGUUAAUGGGUGAGGCAAUCUAAUUAAUUUUAAUUUAAAUCAAACUCGCCUCUAAUGACGUCCCAUUUUGGAUUAAACUGAUGGAGAGAUGAGCAGUGCGUUUAUCCCUGCACGGUCUGCAUGCAUUUUAAUACAUUUAUGCAACCUUGAAAUGUUCAAUUUUAUAAGUUUUUCCUCCCUCUGACACUUCUUCAGGACUAUUUUCACCAUUGUUCUGCAGACCACCUACUAAGAUGCACAAUGACAACCUUAUCUCACCUAAAGCACAUUUUGUUGUGUUAUUUAUUUUUUCUUUAAGUGCAGUGCACACAGCCUUUGCACAUUUGAGUUUAUCCAGAGCUUCCCCUUCUCCGAAAGUAAUGGAUGCAUUUGCAAGCCAUUAUUUAUGUUUGAGAAUGGAUAUUUCAUAUCUCUUAGCAGUGCAUCCUUUCACUUACACAUCUAAAAACCAAUAAAAGGUUUGCGGCAGGGACAUAAAUUGGUCUGUCUGGAUGAAUCAGUGUUGUGCUGCAAAUGUACCUAAAUUAACUCAACUGUAAAUUGUCUCCUUCGGAUGUCUGCCGAGCUAAAAGUUCCCUAUAUGAUUCAUGAUUCAGAUUGCUUUUAACAGUUAUUGGCUAAGCAAUAUGGUAAAUGUACAAGGUGAUGCAAAUGGCAUUAGUGGGAAAGGAUGCACAGGAGCAUGUAAUGCAGUCAAUACUACAUUAACUACUGAUGCCCAAUUACAGAAGCAGGGAGAGUGGCUUUUAGGAGCAUUAGGACUUGCAGAAAAGCUGAGAUCACCUGCUGCUCAUUGCCUAAAAGCUUCACCCUUUAUUUGCUGGUCCCAAGCAGCAGUAGUAGCAGCAGCAGCAGCAGCAGCAUUUUGGCCAGGUUGUCAACAGAGCUGCGUGGAUCUGGUCUCUUUCAUUGUGGUGCCUCUUAGUGUUUAUUGGCUCUCAAGUUAUAGGCUUGUCAAUUCAACCUUCUAGCCUAAUGUAUCCACUUAAAAGCCUGCACAAAUAACCGUGUGUUUAUGCAGAGAGACGAAGACGUGGGUUUGUGCGUUUGCGUCUUUCUUGCGAGUGAUUCACGUGUGUUUGUGCGUGAGUGUGUGUUAGCAUGUUGCUUGAGUGUGUGUCCUUAUAUGAGGGGUAUAAAACGAGUUAUUAGUGUGUCGGGUUCAGGGUUCGAAUCUUGGGAUACUUGUUGGCAACUCAGUAAAGCUUACAGUUGUUUGACAGACUGGUUUGAAAGUCUGACUCCUCAUUUAAACUCUGCAACAGUUCAGUGCAACAAAAGCAAUAAGAGAAAUUUAUCACCACGCUGCUGCUUUGGCAGUCUGUUAAAAAUCAACUGAUCAUCAUGGAGAUUUGAAGAUUGACAUACAAGCGUAAAGAGUUGGCAGUCAGCUUCAACUUAACUUAUAGAUUAAAAUAUACCCUGUUAGUUAAACGCAGCUACCUGGCUGUUUCUUGUCAAUAAGUAGACUAAUUUAAUUCUCAGAUGUUGUCAAACUUAUACCACACACUGUGAAAGGCGAACAGAAACUCUUUGGUAAAAUGACCUAAUAUUGAAUCUACUGCAUACUGCACAUACUGCAACAUAUGUGUGAACUUCCUGUCAGCAUGUUAUUUUACCGUGUUAUAAGAUGACUCCAUAUUACGUCUAAUUUAAGAGUUAAAAAAGCAACUCAGCCAUUUUCUCUCCUCCUCCUCCUCAUCCGUACCAGCUGCAGGAGAAGAAAGUGGGUCCACACAGUGAAGGCAGAUUUUUGCUCAACAUUAACACGACUAUAGUACCAAUCCUCACAGACCUCAGCAAGCAGAAGAAGGAGAAAAAGAAAAAAAACCUCCAGCUCCUGAUAAAUGUCUGGUUACCUUUGCUUGUUAAUUUAUGACCCUGUUAUCAUCCUGUCCUGUGAAAUUCGCACAUUCAUAAAGCAUGUGAUUGAAAAGCAAUGCUUCAGAUGAAUACAGACUGCUGAUCUGUCGGCUGCUGUAAUAAAACUUGGGCUUCAGGCUCCGAUUUUUAUUUUGAAAUAAUAAGAAUUGCUUCAUUCUUUACCGCUGUUACCAUGGUAAUACUGUCUUGUAGCGAUGUUAUAUUGAUUUAGAAAGUGGACAGUAAUAUUUCUUUUCUGUUAUUUGGUUUCUGAGGGUUGAGUUCUAAUUUCCAGCUGGAGAUUACUUUUAUAUGUUCUUUAAGUCUUUUUAACUUUUCCAAAGGAAUGCAAUUUGCUCUCCUGUAUUUGCUAUUUUCUCAGCUUAUUGGUUUGCUCUGACUUCAAAAUUAAACUUGCCCAUUUCAAAUAUUGAAAUUACGUCGGCUUCUUGUGCUCAGGGCCCUGAACAAUAUUACAAACACAUUGCUUCGUUUGAUAUUUUCUUAAGUCAUCAGAGGGUUUUUUAAAAGAAAUAAAGCCUUAUUAUUACAGGCAUCUGCACCACCAUUGCAGCACUUUUCCAAUUUUGUCUUCAGCAUAGCCAAAGUUGUGUUUUUAAAGUCAUGAAUGUAAGCUGCAUACAAAGGAGCACAGAAAAACACCUUUUGGUUUGUUCAUAUGUGAGAAAAAGUUUGCAAGCAGAUGCAAUAGAAAGCAGAAUCUACCUUAUGGCGCAUGUUACAUGUUAUGCAUCCUCUCUGCUUUUCUCAUUAUUCAGUUUUGCUGAAUUAAAACAUAAACCACUUCUUUCCUUUUACAUUUUCAGUGAGUUUUUUUUCCUCCCUCUAAUCUAUUUCAGAUCUUCAAAUGCUGAAUUCCCACUGGAGAUAAUAAUUUCACCUGUCACCACCAGCCCUCUAGAUGCCUAUCAGAGCUGAUUGUUUUACAUCUUUGAGUGCUGGAGAUGUGUAUCAUUUCCCAUAAUUUUAGUGCGAUUCAAAGGCACUGAAUUGAGCCAUACGAGACACGUGUUAGCAAGCGCGCCCACCUGCCUCCCAUGUAAAUGGCUGCACUCAUCAGUGUGGCUCACAAACUCAAUUAUGCACUCUUGAGCUGUAAGAGCAUCCCUUUCAUUAUUGCCAGAGGCCACAUGCUAGCCGUGUUAUCAUAGAAAUCCACACAACAAGAUCCGGCUUCUACGCAUGCAUCAGAGGGAACAGUCGAUUGCUGCUGUGCUGUCCAGAGUCUUACUUUUGUUGCCAUUCCCUUUAAAUCGUUUCUUUCAAUGUCAAGAGACAUUUCUGGUACAUUCCUGGAUUGUGUGCAAAGAGUAGAGAAGGUUGGAGAGGUAAAAGUAUAACAUUGAAAAUUAAAUGAACAAAUAAGAAACUCUAAGCUGCAAGGACAAAAACAUAUCAGAACAAAUGUUUCAGUAAAACCUUUUUACAAAUCCACAAUGUGCUGACAAGUUGAGACAAAUCGAUACUUUAAAGCACAUUUCAAACCACCUUGGAGAAACCUGAUGUCUUAUUGCAAGGUCUGAGACAAACGCAGACAUGCACACAAGCACUGCUGACACUCGCUCUUCUCUCCAACUAUUCUCACCUGCAGAAAAAUACACCUCAAUAUGCUCAUGUAUAGUUGAAAUUAUAUGAUGAAACAUAAAAGUUGACAUAUACUCAGUUAUUUUUAUCAAAUGCACCUGUUGGAAUCAACUCACACUGUAAAGCCACCUCAUGAGCAGCUGCUUGAGUCAACCUGAAAAACCACUUUCUCUCUGCUAACACACACACACACACACACACAUACAUUCCUUUGCAGCAUCUCAUACAUUGUUUGCAAGUGGAGUUAUUUAUUCACCUGUUUACCUAUUGUGCACCCUUUGUUCUGGCUUGUUUGUCAUUGUGAUGCACUCUGUAAAGCUUAUUCUCCGCUCUCUCAGGAAAAAUCAUCUCUCCUUUAUUCUGUCAUCAUAGGCUUAGCAAAGACGACGGGAAUGAUGAGAACGUGGCAUGACAUGCAGCAAAGUUCUCAAGAUGAGCAGAUGUCAAAACUACAAUGUCACCAGCUUUAGUCUCUUUGGCAGCUGAGUACAAAGUGUCAGGAGGGGCCCAGAAAAUGGUACCAAAGUAAAACCCUACCUGCUGUGAUGAAACAAUAUGUCACCUGUUACACACUGAGGCAACAUAAGCACGUUGUUUAAAUCUUAUUGGAAAUGUAAACCCAAACAAGACUUUGUACAUAUUUAGUUUGCAACCAUGAUGUGCUACACUAAACCUUGACACUUUAUAUUAAAAAUUGUCUUUAUACACUCUGAAACCAUUUUAGACUUAGAAUAAUAUCUUAUUAUUUCUCUUACUUAUUAUUUAUGGUCAUGUUUAUAAAUUCAGUGUUGACAACAUCUUGUUUCGCCCCUUAUAAUAUAUCCUUUAAAGCUUAUCAGUGUAAAUGAAAAGCAUGUCUGCAUGCAGGAUGGCAUGUUGGCGUGUAUUUUAGCCUGACCCAUUACCUGAUUUUGAAAAGAGCUGAACUAAGCUUAUAAGUUUAAUUUUUCGGAUAAAUUGCCCUGUAUGUGCUUUAACAAUUGAACAUAAGAUGCAUAAAAAGAGCAGAAUUUCACUGUCGAGGUAUUCAUUCAUCAAUGGAGAUUUGAUUUAGAGAUUCUUCAAAGCUAUCGGUGCAUCUUCGUACUAAAAUAAGAGAAAUAAGUGCCACCAGCUCUUCUGUGUAGAUGCGUUGUCUUUACAAAUAAAGGCCUUCAUGGUGCGUUAUCAUAAAUGAUAAAGUGCUUCUUUCCCUUCUUCUUAAAGUCAGGCGUGGCUUGUUGUUACUUCUGCAAAACAACCAAGAAGCACCAGCUGACAACACCCACGUGUUUUUUCAUGUGUGUACGUUUUGUAAACAAGGUGUUGAUUGGUUUAGCACAAGUCAAUGCUAAAUGUGGGGAAGAUAGACGCUUGCAAAAUUAAUGUUCGACCACUGUAAUAAUGCAGUUCGCCAUAUGAACUGGCCUGCUGUAUUUUCUCUUUAAUGUGCACAUCACAGUGCCAGCAGGACUUCUUACCAAUGCCAUGUUUUCCAUUUGCAAAAGCUCUGAUCAUUGAUGUUGAGUUUUUUGUGUAUUCUUGGCCUUACUGGUGUGUGUGUCUGAGGCUCUAAGGACAACAGUGUUUGACUGGUUGGUAAAAGACACUUUGUUCUUGUGGCUGUAAUGAGAAGGGCGGCCUCUAGGGGCUGCUAAUGGGACUUUAAGUCUUUCAGAUUGAUUCCCUGUAAAUGUCUUUCAAACAAGUCCCUGUUUCAUUUUAUUGCAGCUGCAUUCAGCCUCGGCCAAAAGUUGGCGUCACUGGACUCUGUUGCAUCUUCAGCAGGGAUCUAAGUUUAUUGUUUUCUUUCUCCAGAGCUGUAUCCUGCAUCAUACAGCAGUCAAACUACAAAUUGUGAUAAUGUUACUUGACAACUGGUAUUUGUAAACCAGUAACUUGCAGUUCUUUGUCUUGUGCAUGUUUUCAUGCAUUAUGUAGCUGUCACCCAGCUUCGGUUGACCUUUUCAGUUUUAUUUUUGGCAAAACAAAACAUUUGUAGGUCAAACUCAACAAAUUGAAGGCCUCCUAAGAAGUUCUUUUUGACACAUGAAUGCAGAAUAAUAAGUGAAUCGUGACUCUAAACAACUAUUGAAGCCACUGAGAGGCUAAGUGAAGGAGCUUGGCACCGCUGACCACGCUACACAUGGAUGAGCCAUUUCUGUUGCUUUAUCUCCUGUGACGAUACUUUCACGUUCAGUCCUCAUUUCUUAUAUCAUGGCAGAGCUAAGGCAUACAGAUUAAAAGAGAGCGGUCAACAAAAAUUACACUCUCCCUACUCACCCUCUCUCCAGUCGCCAUCUUGGUGAACAGGUGUAUAUAAACCCUCUCAAUCAUUCUACCACUACCUGACCACACCCCCACGACAUGUGACAAAUGCCAACACAGCACCCGCUAUGCAACACCAAAACACAGCAACCGACCAUAUUCAAACAAUGAGAGACAGUUAUUUUGUUGAUAAACUUAAAAAAGUACGAGAUGCCGACUAUGACUCAUCUUGCCAAGAAUUAAUCUCUUGAAGCCUUCAGUAAAUCAAAUCUUAAAUAGCUAAUUAAAGUCUUUGAGUUUGGGGGCCUUCUGUUUGUCGUCUUAAAGCUGAUGGAUUAGAUUUAGGAUAUUUUAGCUGAAUGAUUAAUUAGUCCUUUAUUAUGAUGUUUGAAAAUAUAAUUUCUGAGCCAUUUUGUACAAUAUCGACCCAUCUCCUUUCCAACCAAACAUCAUUUAUUUUAUAGUAUUUCACUGAAAAAGUUUUUGGCUGGACUGCCAGCUGAUCCGAGCUAGUAACAAGUACGGGUGGGAGCAAAAAUCAAUACAGCAUAGUAUCGUGAUAUUUUGUCUGGUGAUAUACCGUAUCGUCUGAUUUACAAAGUAUUGAUCUUUCAAAUUAUUGCUAAUAUGAAGUCAAAUCUAUGAUUAAAGAAAAAUAAAAUCAACUGUUUGUCCAGUGAGGUUGGCAGAGGUGACAUCUUAGAGCAGGAGAAAGUUAGUACAACAAAAAUAUAUGUAAGGUUUGCAACAUGUGCUACAUGAAAAUAAAAUACAGCGUAAAUAAGACAAACAUAAAGGAAAGCCAAAUGCUAAAUUAGCUAAACAGUUUGUGUGAAUCGCAAUACUCGUAUCGCAUAAUGUUAAAAAUCGCAGUAAUAUCGUAUUGUGGCCCAUGUAUCGUGAUAAUAUCGUGUCGUAGGGCCACUUGUGAUUCCCAUCUGUAGUAACAAGAAUAGGAAAAUGAUAAUAGAGGGAAAAAAGCAUGAAACGUUGUCGACUGAAUUCCUCUCGUGAAACUACAAGAGACAGUUUAGUCAGACAUCCCACAUGACAUCACGCACAAUAUUCGAGAAGACGGCUUCCCAAUCUGCACCCACUCACGCCUCCCUCAUUAUUUACCCCAUCAGGUGCAGGAGUAGAAUGACAUUAGAGGCCUGUGCUGCCAAAUAACUGCCCCCCUGUGGGGAAUUUGCAUUAUUCAAGAUUAAAGAGCCUCACACAGUGCGCCUCAGUAUGGUGUUCCUUCUUCCCCUCCAUUUUCGACUCACUGAGGACCCUGAAUGGCACACCUGUCUCCUGGCAUAUCCUUUGAAAUAAUAAGUGUGCGGUAAUUGCUGGGGAGUGGGGAGGAUUUUGAACAUCACUUCCUGACCUCGUGAGUGACACAAACUUUAGAGGGCUACAUUUAUUCCCCUGCAAAUGCAUUUUUAAUGCGGACUAAAAGUGUUUGUGCAUUAUUCUGUUCCGGACAGCGGAAGGUGGCUCUGACAGGUCUAAUGGUUGGAUUUCUUCUUUUUCUUUUUUUUUUGUAUUUUGUCAGAAUUCACAAAGUGGCAGAUAAGAUUGCCUCGUCUAUCAAAGUUUGUAAGUAUAUAGUUUGUGAGUAGAUGGAUUUUUUUCGUCAUUCAAUCUCGAAUGCAGACUCUGAAAAAAAAAAUGAUCCUGCACCUUUUUGUGUAUAGGGAGUGAAGAUGAAGAUGCAUGCAGCCGCUCUGUUAUUGACAGCUUGCACUUCAAUGAAAAAUGGUAAAAUGGCAGCUUUUAAGAACUAAACACCUCACACCCGCCACAGACAAAGCCCCACAUCACGCCCACUUGUGAUUGGCUUGAUGCAAAACAAAAUGGUCUUGUUGCUCUGUCAACACUCUGACAGCCCUCCCUCUUUAAGAGCUCUCAGGGGUUUAUUUGGGGUAACCCUGCAUGAUAAAAACCAUCAGUGUUUGUGUCGCUUCUCCUCCUCUUCGUUCAUCUUAUCCCCUCACUCUUAUUUUCUUGCCCCAUCUCCCCCCUCUCUCCCUCUUUCUGCUGUUGACAGCUUACCUUGCAGAGCUCUAAUCUCCCCCUACUACUGAGCGACCAAGUGUUGGAACAAGUCUCCUUCUGUAAUAAUUUGGAAACUCUGCCAGUUUCAUGUCUUUAAAAAAAAAAGCAGCAAUGAAUUUAAUUAGAAAGCUGUUGCAUAUCUCUGUGAUACAUUUCUUUUAAUUAACCCCAUGUGAAUAAAUUAAAAAUAAUAGGGGGCUGAAAAGUGUGGAAAAACACCCUAAUGAAGUUUUCCGUUAAUUGGGAUGGAGUCUGCUGCCAAACCACAGUGAGAAGUGAGCACCAGGAGCUAAGAAUGCCUUCUGUAAACCUCAGAAAAAGGGCCCAGGGCCUUCGUGCUGACUUCAAGUGUAAGAAAUGCACCUCUGACGUGAUGGAAAUGACCGUGGGCCGGGAGAAAAGGCAGUCCUGUUCCAGUCUGCUCUGCUGAGACUCCCCAUGCCGCGCUUGAAGCCGGGCCAGUGUUAUUGCAGCCCUAAUGCGGCUGACUCAUUUGGAGCGGAUCAGGAGUAAUUAUGGUAGGGAAAGUGGCUGCCGACCGUGGGGGUCAGGACACUUGUAACAUGUGAAAAGAGCAAUUAUUCCAGGAGACAAAACCCUCCCUUAUCCCGGGCAGUGCCAGGGUCAAUGCAAGGGACGGCUGGGCUCCGUUUCACCGGGGCUUAUUAGCCGCAGCAAGCUGCAAAGUUUGAGAGAGUGCAUCUUGUUAAUGAACAGUCCCCUCCUCAUCUGCACCGGCCCUGUCUGCUCUCUCGCUCUCUCUCUCUCCCUCACCCUCCCUCUCUCUCUCUACCGCUUACUGUGGGUGUUAAUUAUGUCAUAAUCAUAGCAUGCAUACAGUCCCAGAAAGCACCUCACAGACCCCAGCAUUCAUACACAACCAUCUGGAAAUGUAGUAUGCAGCACAGUAACACAGAAGGCUUUUAUAGCAAACUAUACGAAGAAAAAACCCUCUUAGUAUGACAUGUUAUAUUGACUUGGACCAUGUAAGAAAACUACCUUAUUUGAGAGGGAGUGUGAGUCUGUGUUUUUCCUCUCUGCGAGCUUUGGCGUACGUGUGUGUGUUCACAUAUGCCACAACUAAAGGAUAGGAACAUGAAUCACUGAGUGAAUCAGUGGUCUUUAUUUUGCCUAUCAUUUUUAAUACACUCAUUAGUCUUCUUUUAAACUGGCAUGUGUGUUCCAGCUGAUUUUAUUAUCACCAGAUGUCUUGUAUUUUUGUCUUUCGGUGAUAGAGAAACGCGUCCGUCUUUGGGCUCAAUUACAGGGAUGACGGAAGCUGAAUGAAAGGGGCUGAUUCAAGCACACAAUGGGAAAGACAUCUGCAUGAGAUCCCCAUUAACCUCAGAGGCAGAUACCCUGGAUUAUGGACACAUUUUAUUUGGGAUUGCCAUGGCCACAGUGCUUGCAGUGGUGGCAGAAAAAUAAAAAGAACGGGGUUUAAUUUAGCCCCCGCUGCUUCCAAACUGUGGAAGGUUUCGUUGUUAAAAUCGAGGUUUAAUUUCCUCUUUUUGUAUUUUCUAUAUUGGUUCAUCUCUUACAGUCCACAGGAGGAAUAAUACAUUAUAAUGUAAUGCUCAUUUAGAGCACUUCUAAGAGGACAUUUUCAGUGUUAAAGGGUUCAUAAUGUGCUAUAAUGGAAUACUCAUGUAGAUUUUUUUUAUGCCAUUACUGGCAGUUUAAUAUCCCGGCGAACUGACUUGGACAAAGCGAUAGGGGCGACAAAUGCACUUGUUUCAGCUAAAUGCAGUUAUUUGAUCCUACAGCGUCUUAUUUUCUCUGACUUUGUGUACGUAUGCACCCUGCUGGUGGUUAACCAUCUUAUUUGCUGCAGCUGGGAGUCGGAAUUAUAGGGGCCCCUGAGAGGAGGCCCACCCAGGGCCAGCUUCCACCUCACUGAAAGCCCACCUCCCUCCCCAUGUGUCAGGAAGGCUGAGUGAUUCUCAUCAAGAUCCUUUAUCUCCCAGUGAACCAGCAAAGUCUGUAUCACACCAUGGCGUCAGUGCUUUUAAUUGAUCAAAAGACAUUAAAAAAGGGGAAAAAAACUGAGAAUCAGAUGUUACUGUCCCCUCCGCCAUUAAGACUGAGUGCCUGAGAGAGCAGCUGCUCCUCUGGGAGUGAGUGUGUGAGUGGGUGUGUGGUGAGGGAUGAAUCUUCAGAUAGUUUACAUCAAUUUUAGUUAAUGUGUUUAAAAUCAAAAGAAAUAAUCAACUGAUUGAUCAAUCGCAGGUGAUUUAAUAUGUGAUAUGUGGUCGCGGUUUCUUGAAUUUCAGGUAUUGCCGGGUUUGUUUUGUACUAUCACUAUCGUCAUGAGUUGAAUAUUUCUGUGUAGUUUGGUGUCUCACUAAUCAGGGUUUGAAGCUUUAAUUUAAGAGUUAAACCUUCGAGUUUUGGGUCUGUCAAAGGAAGCAUGUUCACUACAUAGAUGUCCAUGGGUUGUUAAAAGUAAACAGAAGAUUAUCACCCUCCUUUAUGACCUUUGUAGAACAGGCAGAUAAUCAAUGAUAUUAAUCAUUAAUGAAGAUAAUUAAAAGCUGCAGCUUCACAUGAAACUUAAUAGUGCAGACUUUAGUAUCUGGUGUUCAUUAUUUUUGUCUUUUUGUGAUAGUUCUCAGUCUUUUAGCCACAAAAGUUCAAGGAAAUAUGGCAUUAAGUCUACCCUACAUGGCGCAGCAUUGCUCGUGGUUCUGGGAUUCUGGUGAUACCAAUGAAAAGAAUUUCAGACUCAUUUAAAUUUCAUUUCUACAAAAUUCAGCAUAAUUACUUUAACAUAGCUAAACAAAGCAUAACAGAGUCUGUGGGUAGGCAAGGUUGAAUUCAUUUGAUGAGUGUGGCUGAAGGUAGCAGAGCUAGCUCCACCAGCCUUCAGCCUUCCUUGUAGGUUAAUAACCACGUCUGUGCAUGUUACACAUUGCUUUAGCUAAGAGGUUACAUACCACUUUUAAAUACAACUCUAAAUAUAUGCAACAAAUAGCCAUUUGUGCACUGUGAUUAGUUUCAUCCAGGUUGUAGAGUAUUUGACCUUUACAGCGGUUUGACUGUUACAAGAAUAUAACUCUAACUAUGCACAUGUAUUCCUAUUUUAAGAUGAAUAUAGGAAAAUAAGAGGAAAUCUCUACACUGGUACAAAGAAAAAAAACCGAACACUUCAGUGAUAAUGAUCAAAAAGAGACUAUAGAGGAUAUCAUCAGUCUUUCAGACACUCUCGUCCUGUCCGUAGAAACAUAGGUCAGACCCCGUCUGUGUUAUAAUUGUGUUUCUCUAAUAUCAACACUUCCUUGAGUGCUCCAAACAGCGAGUUCUCUCCUAAAACCUUAAACAUAUCAAAAAAAGGUUAGCAGACUGAUGUGAUUCUUCCGAUAGCGGUAACGACAGAAGUCUAAAUGGGGUAACAUAGAAAUCGGAUGCUAUCUCUAUAAUGGAAAAUACAUGCUCUGACAGACUGCUUGGGCUGAGAAAAACUAACUGUACAUAUGCUUGAAAGAUACAAUCUUAAAAAAAAGUAAAUGGAUAGAAGCCGGGAGAAAUGACAGGGCUUUACGCGCAGUACUAAUGGCAAAUUAAAUUCCUGCUCAGGAUGGAUUUUUGGCAGGGUGAGUGCUGUCUCUCCACUUUGAGAGCUAAAAUGCAUCCCUUGUUGGAGAAUGAAUCGUGAUGUUGAGAGGCAUGCUUUUGGUGACAUCAAAUGACACUGGAAGGUCAGUGGCACUUGUAUCUGUUAAAUGGAUUGGAUUAAGUGGAGGCUGCCUCCUAGUCUGCUGCUUCCUUUCAUAAUGCAGCUUUUCUUUUUCGGGGAGGCAGCGAGCAUGGGAGGUUCUGUUCUCCUCCACAGUUUCACAAGGCGCCAGGAGUGGUGACAGGUGCAGGAAAAUGUCUCGUGGCAUUAAGGGAAUUGAAAAGACAUUUACUUUACACACUCAUUUUUUUUUCUGUCACUGCUCUUUGUUUAGGAGGUUCGAGCUACUGCUUGCUAUACUACUAUUAAAGCUGUUUUCCAGAGGCUGCUUUGGUACAAGACAUCAAACCAAUGUUUGUUCCCUGCGACGGCGUCAGGAAAACAGCGUCAGUUGAAUGUGCAAACUGGUUUCCUGGCAGACAUGAAGCAUUCUUCCACUGAGAAAUCUCGGUGUCGGGGGCUUGAAGCACCGGGAUGUAUGCAUGAAGACAAGAAUGUCAGAUUACGUGCAAAUACAGAACGCGGGUUUCAUAAAAGACACAAAUGGAGCAAAACAAAGCAAGCAUCCGAUAGAGGAGGCGAGCAGCAAACAGCUAUUCCAGGAUAGGUUAGGCUUUGGCCUUUUCCAACGUGCUGUAAAACACAGGAAGAAAUGUUUAAGGAGUGGUGGUCUCAACCAAUUAGGAGCAGUUCUCUGGAGGUGGAGGAACGACCUUUUUGUAUAAUUAGUUCUCUUAUUUAAAGCAAAGAUUUUGAGUAGAAUAACUAAUUAGGUGUCAUAAAAGGCAAAUUAAAGAUUUUGGUGAUCCCCUAGGGGAUUGCAGCAACUCUUUUCUUUUCUUUGCACAAGCCUUAAAGCACAAGCAUGCACAUGUACACACACACAGACACGCACACACACACACACGCAGGCAUUUUCUCUCUCCUCAUUAAGACUGUUUUUAGUUCUGUAGAAGUCUGUCAGGCCAGCACUGUUGGCAUACCUGCAGAGAGCUCCCCUAACAAGCCGUGAAAUGCAGGUAGAGGAGUCCACCCUUAGCCAGUAGGGCUUGAAUUUGAAGCUUUUUAGCUUCAUUUACACUGAACAUUGGUAUUUAUAGUAGGUUUUGUGAUCCUAAUGUGCCAGCUUCAAGGGGCCUGUUUUGAAAAGGGAGGGGUUAAGGGAGCUGGAAGGCAGGCAGAACACUAAUUGAUGGCUCCCAUCGCCAGCACUGAACCAAUAAGCCUCUACCUUUCACUUCUGAUAAAGAAAUAAGAUGUCUCAACACCACCAGAGCACUUACUGACACAUAAACCAAAGCCAUAAAUUUAACUAACAAGCUCUCCUAUUUCUUCCACCUCUUCUUUUAAAAGGGGCAAACGCUAAUUGUAUUAUUUUUACGGCGUCAUUGAUGUGCAGAUGGUCAAGAAUAGCAGAGCAAAUCUGGAUCCAAUGAAGCACUUUGAGAGUCAAUUUGGGUGUGCAAAUAUGAGUGUGUGACAGAAAGAAAGAAAGAAAAUAUGCUUUUCAACUCCAAAGUAGCUCUUUGAAAAGCGGUGGAAGGUUUUCAUGAAAGAGAACGAAGCUGACAGGCUUAGGGGGAAAAACUGCGCUCGGAGUGAAGCAGUCCCCUGUUGCCGGUUGAAGUCGUGUUUAUCACUGAGCAAAACCGCAAGAAGUUACUGUAAAAUGGCAGCUCUUACAACACAAUGACCCCAUUCACACUCACCAUUACACUGUCGCAACCCUGCAUAAAGACAGGUAAAUAAAAACUUUAUCUAGUCAGGACAAAAUGUACCAAACGCGCAUCUCGAAAGUGCAACAGUUAACGGUGACAUUUCGUACUAAAGUCUGUAUAACGUGUCUGUAAAACAGGCCUUUAUAGAUAUCCACACACACACACACACGUACGAAAUGCUUGCCUAACCCCCUGUCAUGCAGAGUGUCCAGCCUUUUUUUGUGCGGGAGAGAGAAAUGUGUUUUGAAAGUAGAGUGGCAAGUGGCGUCCACUGUGUGUUCUUUUAGAUGGAUCAAUAGCUCAGUGUGUGAGAGAGUGUCUUAAGAGCUGUUGUCUUGUGCUUUCAGCUGUGGCAGACCUGUUAGUGCUACAGAGGGGAGCUGCGCGCCCCUGCCUCUGUACCACCAGUGGCCUGAGGGGGGCUUUUAGUCCAAACACAAAUGUCAGCCACACAUACACUAUUAGUGUUUAGUGCAGUUAUUAAAUGGACUUUAUUUGUCCUUUAGGAGGCUAAAAGGCGUGCUUAAAGGGGACCUGCGUGACAGCAGGGCAAUUUGCGAGUUUGGUAACUUAGGCUCGCUUGUUGCAGACACAUGAGUACAGAUAAGUGUAAAAGGAGGAAAAGGCUGUAAUGCUCUGAGUACUGUGUGUGUAUGUAUUUGUGGUUUGCCUGCACUAAUGUGUGUGUGAGGCUGUGUCAGUGUGUCCCUGUGUGUGUGUAUGAAACACAGAGAGUGAGUGUAUGCUAAAAGGCACUUAGGCCAUAACAUAUCUCACUGGGGUCUGGUAGCAGCGUUUUUGUGGUCAGAGGCUUUUUAAAAGGUUAAUGUUAAUCUAUACUAAACAAAGCCCAUGAGGAGCUUUUACAGCUGUGGACAGUUGAGUGAAAUGGGCUUUGAUGAAAUGGUAGGUAACUAACGUGCUACUCGGCUCGCUGUAAAUACCACAGUGUGCAAAAUAAACAUUGUGUCUCUCAUCCCGAGGAGCACACACAACAUGCCCCUUCCUCUGAAACCUGCCGCCAGUGAUCAUGUAACUUUUGUACUACAGCAUGUUCCUGGUGGAACAAGUAAGUCAGGGCUUUGUAGUCCAAUGUGACCCGUGUGCCUAUCUACAUGGAAGAAUGUUUUCUUUAAUGCAUAUGAAGCAGGUAGGCAGUGUGCUGUGGCUGCGCGCGAGGGCCAAGCUUAGACGCCUCGAGAAGCAGCCGGCUUAUCAAAAAAGAGAACAUGAAAAGUCACUCGUGUUCCCAGGCCGUAAAUCACGCGUUGCCUGUUUGUCUCCUUAUCACUUACAGGUGUGCCGAUGCUCUCCGUCCAGCCCAAAGGGAAACAGAAGGGGUGUGCUGGCUGCAAUCGCAAGAUUAAAGACCGCUACCUGCUCAAGGCCCUGGACAAAUACUGGCACGAGGACUGUCUCAAAUGUGCCUGCUGCGACUGCCGCCUGGGGGAGGUGGGCUCCACCCUCUAUACGAAAGCCAACCUCAUCCUCUGUCGUAGGGACUACCUGAGGCAAGAAAUCCACACAGUCACCUCUUAACACUCACAACAAAAACAAAGAGCACCUUAUUCCUAGAGCUGUGUGACAUGAAAGGAUCCCGGCAGCAUUUGCUUUGGGUUUCGCUGUAGCUCCCAAUUCACACAUAGCGGCUUAAAUCCAUCUAAAUCAUGCAGAUAACGCUGGGUAUCGACUUCAUAAAAGAGAAACCCAACAUGGAGAGAGUUUAAUGUCAUAUUUAUAUCAUGUAUACACCAGAGAGUGAUGUUACUCCAACAUACCAGGCAGAAAAAGGAACAUUUAGGGCAUUUACAGCAUUUCCUCCACUGUAAAUAUUCUCAAUACCUGUGCUUCACUACAGAACUACAACACUAUGUAUUCUAUAAAUACCAGCACAACCAUAGCAACCCUGUUAGAACAGCUCUAUUACUACAGUCCACUACCUCAUCACAGCAUCUCCAAUCAUGACUGUUCAAUUCAACUGUGUUUAAAUAUAAAAACAACUUAAUUACACUCACAGCUACAACCUUAUAAUUACUUUGCACCUUAUUUCUUUACAUAUUUGUAAAGUCAGUUCUCCUAUUAUGUCCUAAAAUGUGUAUUUUUUUGCAUAGUUGAAGCCAUGAUGUGUUUGCAUUUGUGGUGUUUUUGCUUCUGUUUUCAGCUUUUUUCAGUGUUUACAUGAAAACAGAGGACUCAUGUCAUAGACUAGAUUUUAGUAACAGUGUAGAGGAGCUGUAGGCUGUAAGAAAACUCCCAGCAGGCUUGUUGCUUCAUCACUGUCUUUGGCCCAAUACCCCCACCCCCCACCCCACCCCUCUUCAGAUGCCCCUGCCAUCUGCUUGUUAAAUUAAACAUGACCAUUUCCUGGGCGUUCAGUCACAUUCCCAAUGAGAUCCUACCAUUUAUCUGAGGGAGAAUCCCCCCGGGGUCGACUUAGGGAUGCCGGUGCCCUAAACCCCCCCUGCACACACACACACACACACACCCUCUCCUAAAAUCCAUGUCCUCCCCUCUCUCUCCCUUUCUAAACCACCCUCAAGGUUAAAAUCAGCAAAUUAAUUUCAAUUAAAACAAAUAAAGCAUCAGAUAUGAUUGUGUGUCACCUCUCACUUCCUAAUCAAAGAGACCCUUAAUCAGCUUGGUUAUUUUCCGACCUCACUCGUGGAUCUCUGUGACAUCUCACUUAUACCUCAGCUCCUCCUCUGACCUGGAAGGAGCCUGUAACCCACUUGAGAGGUGCUUAGGGAUGUUAUGUUGAGAUAGGCCAUUACCAUCCAUCAGUUCCCACCCACAGUUAAUGCUUUUAAGAUGCAGUGAGAGGUCCACUAAGACCUAGUGUUGCCCCCAGAAGGGGCAGAUGGUGCAGAUGAGGUAAUAAUAAAUGGGCAAAUGACCAAGAGAAGGCAAAAAUGAUGAAGCUCGGAGUUUCACUUGGUAAAAUACAUCUGCUGAAAGGACAGCAACCCUAACCCCCUCCCCCCUCCCGCCAUAAGUGCCUAACUGGCACUGAGAGGGAAGAAGGAAAAGCUUUCUCGCACAUUAAACCAGUAAGAUGUAGAGGUCAGAGAAGGUAUGAAAAACUGAGAGUGACAUAUGAAAUCAAGAGUUAGGAAUAGUGAAAUAAGAAUAAAAGGAAAGGAGGAGGAGAAAGCUUUCUGUGCUCCUCUGUUGCCCCGGACUGCCUAAUGAAAUCCAUCCCACUCGCCUACUCUUCAGCCUGCGACAAAUGCAGAACACUUAAUGGCUGGAGAUGCUUGAGAUGAAUUCUAUUAUGGAACAAAUUAAAAACCUUGCCUUGCGUAUAGAGAAGAGGCAGUUUGAAAGUAUUUGAAAGUAGGUGAUGCAGUCUCCCUCCUGUUUCCCUUUCAUUUCUUUUUUUUUUCCCCGUGCAGAAAGACGAAGGCUCCCCUCACCUGCAGUAAUGAAGUUAAAUCUGUGCGCUGAAUUAGCCUCCUGCACUUCAUUACAGACGAGCCCGUGGAUCAAACACACUUUGGUUAUUUCCCAGGGUUUGGAACCCUGCCAUGUUCACAUUAAUUAUUAUAGGAGCUCCAUCUGUGAUUGUCCUUCACUGGCAUUAGCAACUUAUUGAAUGCACUCACGCUUUUCUGAAUCUUACACACCAUCACACACAAACACUAAAACGCACACGUACCUUAAACUGCGUCCUCCUGUGACCUCCAAACAGCUAGACCACAAAAAGUUCUGUGUUUAACGUCCCUGACUUUCAUUUCCCUGUAUCAAGAGGGUUUUUUUUGGCCACACUCUUUCAUGAUAAAUGAGAAUAAUAGAUUAAUUAGCUAUUUCCUUUAUGUCUAGGGCCCAGGAUGGUACGACUCCACCAGAGGGUUGACAAUCUAGUCAUGGUGUGAUCAUCAGGACUUGAAGCCUGAAAUCAUUUCAUCUUCUAUUUCAUAUAUUAGAGAGGACAUAAUAGUCAUCCACUUAUCAAAAUGGGGUAUAAUUAACUGUAAGAGGGAAAACGUUUUCAAGAUAACGAACAUUUUAAGUUAUCCACAAACCGGUGAAAUAGCAGCAGGAAGAUGAUAGUUCCAUCUGGAUGUGACUGUUUUUCAAAUCUGUCCUCUCUGUGCUACUUUAGGAUGUAAAACAAAUGCUCCCCUCCUCUUCUCUGUAACAGUUGCUCUCCCUCUGUGGGAAAGAAAGGAGUGAACAGAAAGGUUUACACUUUAAAAAGACACAACUGUUGGGUAGGGUCAGAGCAUGUGAUGCAUGCAUUAACAGCUUUCCCUUUUUAUGAAAUCUGACAAACCCCGUGCAGGCCGGGAAGUCUCAAAGAGCUCAGAGAACAGGUAAAAAAACUUCAAGAGCAAUAGCCCAGUCUGAGGGAAGCAAUUCGGAGAAGAAGAUGAUGCAGUGAAGCAGAUUUAAAGGUUUGAAGUUAGCAAGUUAAAAGACCAUCUUUUCUCUACAGACCCCUCAUAAUAACUCGGUAACACAGAAAGUAGAGCUUCUUUGCAUUCCUGCCAUCCAGCUAUACUCCCAACAACCUACAUCUGCACACAGAGUUUAGACUAGAGCCGCUAAAAAUGAGGUUUUUAUUACACUGAAGAUUCAAGCAUGGGCAACAUUUAAAGAUUUAUAUAACCUUGAAGUAUGUUGAAAAAUGGGAGAGACCCAUGAUCGAUACGUUUGAUUCUUUGGUCAACACAGCACACCACACACCAACAGAUAACAACCAGAGUCCUGACUCUCUCACAAAAUCUCAAACACAUGCCCCAGUGAUUAAAUGUUGUCAAACUAAAUGUUGCUCACUGCUUAGCUACCUGACACACCCACAAUUUGUUGUUCUACUGUAGUAUUUUUCACAGGACACUUUGUGUAAACACACGAGAUGGUCACAAAUGAACAUGUUUGACCUCCAUUUUUGUCAUUUACCCGACUUAAUUUUGUUUACUAUCAUCACUGUGGCUGCAGUUUUAAUUUGUUGUGCUUCCUUAUUUAAAAAUUCUUUAUUUUAAUGAGCAUUUUUGCGUUUUUCGUCUGUUACUAGUAGGACAACUUUAGUGCACUAGGAAAAGAAAAAUCACCCCCUGCAACUUCACACGAUGGAAAAAUCUUGCAAGUUAAUCACCAUGCAGACUUUGUCAAAAGGAGGAAAUCAGACCCAAAAUCAGCCCAAUUGUCUCAUAGUUCACUCUACCCCUUAUACCCCACUUAUAGCUAGGGCUGUCAAAAUCUGCUAAAAAUGACAUUCAGAUAUUCAGUCUAAAAAACCAUAGAUAUUAGAACCAAAUGCACUCAGCAUAUAUUUUGUGUUUAUUUUGUGUAUUUGGCUGGUCAAGCCGCCAGCCUGUACUGUCCAACAAGGUGCUGAUGUUGCUGCAUUUGCCAACAAGUCGUAUACCUGAAGGGCCAGAACUGGUCACCUAAGUAACAAGGAAAACAGAUGCUCGUCAGAUAAAGAUCAUGAUAACAAUUAAGCCCAUUCUGGGACAGUUCACCUGUAUGUUUCUGCUGGGGUUAUGAUAGUAAGAAAAACAGAUGACAUAAUGUCUAAUGUUGGCAGAUAUGGAUUUUUUGUCAUCUAACUGGAAGAUAAAACAUAAUGCAUUAUUUAAGAAUGUUGUUGUGUUACAUUGUUAUUAUGAUUGUAUUCUAGUCUACUUAUACACACACAAUAAAAUAGGUCUUAUAAGUAAUAUCUUUCUGUGUAGGAAGAAGUUCUUGAGAACACACUUCAUUCCAGCAACACCCAGCCUGCCUACACUUUAUACCACAUUAUCCUGUUCAGAAAUCCAAACCAGAAUGUCUGACAGGUUGUGGAGGCAGCUCAAAUCUGCACCUCUAACCCCCAUAUCCAUACAAAUAAAUCAGAGAGACGUUAGUAUGAAAAAGGACUUAUUGGGCUAAGAACUACGAAGCUGAUGAUUGAUAGAUUAAAACCCAAAGGGCUGAGUCUAUAAGCUAUAUUAUCCAGAAAUUCACCUUUAACUCAGUCUGUAAAUGAAGAGCCUAAAAAGAAAUGAUGUUGAUUUUAAAGCUUUUUCACUGCGAAUAUUGAUGUCUUUAAUCCAAAUGACCAGGGAAAUUGAAGUGCAUGAGUCACUGCACUCCCACAAUACAGGACAUGUGUCAGAACAAUACCUGAAAAUUAUGCAGAAAAUGGUCUAUUCAAACUAAAAGUCUCUUGUAAAUUAAAUGUUUGUUUUUUUAUUUUCAAAAGGUGCAACUUUUUUGUGAGGGCACUGUUUCAUUGCUGAAAAACAUUUCUUUUUUUUUUUCAUUUAUUUUUUCGGUGGCGUUGGUUUGUUUGUUUGUCUGUUCGCACUUUUACGGAGAAAGUAACAGACGGAUUGACCUGAAAUUUUCACCAGAGGUGCGUCUCAGCCCCAUUAAAUUUUGGUGGUGAUCCGGACAAAAUUCUGGAUACUGUGAUCCAGAACACACAAAAAUAAGGGUGUCGUUGGAAUUUUCAAUGCUGAAAGAUAACCAAUGGGCGGCACAGUGGUGUAGUGGUUAGCACUGUUGCCUCACAACUAGAAGGUCCUGGGUUUGGAUCUUGGCAUUUCUUGUUUAAGGGGGGACAUGAGCUGCUUGGCGGAGGUCUGCGCUCUCCAAGUGCUUUUCUAGUUCUUUCCAGAUGUGUACAGGGUCAUGUGUAUCAUGCAGGAUGCGCAGAAACCUUGAAAAAUCGUACAUAUCACUCACUCUUCAUUUUCUAUAGCCACUUUAGCAAAUGUCAUUAGCUCUAUAGAUCUUUUGAGUAUUUUCCAUUCUUCGGCAGAGAAUAAAUGUUAUAUACCAUCCUCUGUCUUUGCUUUCAUAAGCUUCAACGGACCUUUCUGUGCCUAACUGGUUUCACUCGUCACUUCUUCAUUUCUGUGGUAAUAAGUUACAUUCUCUGACAUUAUGUCUCUUUACAUUUGCCUCUUGAUUGUGCCAGUGUGAAGUGUUUAUCACUUGCUCAAUCUCAGCUGUUACUCAUGAGACUGCAGCAGCAGCAGCAGCAGCAGCGGUUCAACUCUGGUUGCUUUUAGCUUCACAGGAGCUGAGAGAGAAGAGUGUUAUGUUUUUGAACAGUUCUCUUUGGCUGUAAUCUCCUCUUAGCAUGAGCAGCCCAAUUAAACCGAAUGAUGAUGCCACUUUAUGACUGAGGCACAUCAACUGCUGGCUGAGGACCUGCGUGAAUGAGACCCAAAAACACCAUUGCACUUAAAUACACUCUGAUUCUUAGUGUUGAGGUGGAGUUGGAAGAUUUCUAUUUGCUUGACAGUUGAGCACAAAGCAGCAAAGGCAGUUCGAUAAGCAUGGAGGACACUGACCUAUUAAAACGCUAAUGAUUUAAAGAAUAUCAGGGUAAUUAAGAGGGACCUUGUUAGUUAAGAGAACUUGACAUUGUACAGUCCAUUCAUUCGAUUAAACAUCAAGCUGAAUGGCACAAAGCCUUUUUUAUAUUCUCUUCAAAAUAGUUGUCUCCCUUUUGACCAGCCAAUUAAAGUACUACAAUAUAAGCUGCACAGAUAAUGAAGGGAAUUUUAAAGGUGUAGGUGUGUCCAAGAGAUGAGACUCAUGCUGCCUGAUAUCAACUUUGGACCGUUUCACACAAGGACGUGAUCUCAGUUAGGUUACCUAUUGUUUUCUGUAGUGGCGUAACAAAGCCAAAGACAGUGGUCACAAUUAGGGAUGGGCGAUAAAUUGUCGUAUAUAUCGUCAGAAAAAUCCAUCAUAAUUAAUAUCUGUCAUCUCAUGAUAAAUACAAUAAAUGCAGGUUGAUUAGAUAAGGGCGAGUGACGGACUCGCAGCGAUAGCCCACACAGAGCAGAAAACAAACAAACAUGGCCGAAGGUAAUGAAGAAGACAUUUCUGAGCGUUACUGAAUGCGGCUCGUCGGGGUGAAAAUAUACUGAUAUCAGCACAAGGAGGCCAUUAAACACAAAAGGCUAAAAUAUAAAUAUUCAGCAAACCACUGGACGUUGACUGUAAAUUGAUGCAGAAAAAAAUCGAGACGACCAAUCAGAACUAUGGUCGACUCAGAACGUAUCAACCAAUAAGUCAACCGGUCGACAAGGACUUUACAGCCCUAGUGUCCACCUGUUUAUCUACCAAGUAAUGCAGAUAAAUCGUCAACUAUUACUGUUCUUUUAUUGGAACCAGACUGUAAACAAAACUCUGAAUUCUUGACUUUUGAAGUCAGCCCCUAGUGGACACUCAAAGAACUGCAAUAUCUAGCACCCUCACUUUGGUGUCUUGAGUAUCGAAUGCUGUACUAAUAAUCUAAAAUCUCUCUGGUCGUUUUUGAUCUCAGGGAGUUUUUUUUUAACAAACACAAACACAACUGGAUAAAUCUAUAAUCAAUCAGAGCAACAAGAAACGGGAUGCAAGGCUAGGUAGUUCGAAAGUUACUUCCGGGAUUUUUUUACAGCAUAAUGCAGUCAUGAACAGUAUGACAGUGAUGUUACAACAACAAAAUUAUGCCCAUACUCAAAACUGAGGUGACACUGAAAAUCAUGAGAAUACAAGUCCAAAACAAAUUUUUAAUAAUGAGUUAAAUGUUCACUAUAGGCACUAUAAAGAUGUGCCUUGUUUAUUGACUGUGUUUGUCUGACACCACAAAACCUUCCAGCCUGUAAACUAAUCUGUUCAGUUUUACACUCUUUGGAGAAGUCUGGGUGUCUGUCACUGUGAUGGUUGGUGAGGUUUUCAGUGUUUUCACUCUUGCAUGACACUAUUUUGUAGCAUCUUUGCACACAGGCAAUAAUAAGUUAGUAGAUUCACUAUGAGAGUUGGCUCUAACAGCAAAGUGGUCCUGCAGGAGACUCAGCAGCAGGUCCUGUUCUCAAAUUUAGGGUGUGGAGGUAUCAUUUGGAAGAUGACUCCUUGUUAGUGUUGGUAGUGGACAUGCUGAGACGGAGGCAUUGCUUUUCUCCCUCUCAGUGGAAGUCGAGGCUCUCACUGAGUGCAAAUGACUAACAAGCACAAACCUCCCUAAGCGUUGCCACCAAAUAUGCCUCCACUGCCAAAGCUGCCGUCUUGUGAAAAUAAAAAUAAAGUCAUAAUUUGACGCUGCAUAAAGUACCGGACAUAAAUUCAGAGUCUAAACUGUAGUUUAUUGUGCAACAAGACAACAUGAUAUGAUUUAGUAGCAGUUUAUGUGAAAAAAUGUUUGGUUAAGAAAGAGACCAAAUGCAUCAGCCAUAGAAAUCUAAUUUAAAAAUUAAAUGCAUAAAUAAACAAGGGAGAGAAUGUAAACAGAUUUUUGUACUGGUACAGCAAAUACUGUAAAGCCUUUAGUAAAGCCUUGCAAACAUUUGUUGUGUGAUAUCUUUUAGAAAGUUUUUUUAAUUGCUAAUUUUUUAAGCUUUAUGAAAUUAGUUUGAACAGCGCAUACAAUGCUCUAUUUUCAUCUUGGGUGGUGUGCAGCCAAAUGCAGCUUGCAGUAGUUAGGGUAGCGUCUGAAGAGGCAAGUUGCUUUAUUAAAAAACAAAGUACGUAAUUGUAACUUUAAGGCAAAACCCCGCCUCUGGGGCACACACAGCUUUCACUGAAGAUAGAACUUAGCGCCGGCAGCCAGCUGGGCCCCCCCACCGGGCAUUUUCACAACCUGUAUGUAUCAAGUGAGCACCAUGUCCACAGCCCAGCAGGGUGUAAUGGAGAUGGGUUGGAAUAAUCCCACGAGCUGUUAGAGGUGUGUGCGUGUCAGACUCUGUAAGUGACCAAGGCUCUCUAAGCUCUUUUAUAACCUUGGCUCCCUGGAGGAAAGAAAAAGACAUCCCCGUGUGACCCUGUGGUCCAGUAUGGCGCUCAGGUGUGGUGAAACCUGGAGCAGACCCUGUCACUGGACUCCAAUGAUGAUGAAACAGGCAAGGGAAGAAGUAGAUUAUAUCAAGUAGGAACAUAAUUUUAUGGAGACUGGUAAACAAAGGGGAAAGGAAUUAACCUUUAAUUUACCCAAAGAUGUUUUGAUGCCAUUUAUUUCUGUGCUGUAAAACAGGGAUGUGUCCAGACUCUUGACAUAGGGGGCCCAACUGGAGCACUUAUGCAGGGUGGUUUUAAGUAUGAGUGUAUAUAAAAACAAAAAAGAAAAGGAUUUAUUUAAUAUUUCUGUCUAAACUGAUCGUAUCUGAUGUUAUAUUUUGUUAUAAGGUCUCUUAACUAAAAGGCAGCAUUUCAAAACUUAUCUUAAAUUUUCAAGGACCAAAAAGAUGUUUUGUCAGUCGUGUUUUAAUAGACCAAUAUUUUCAAACUGCAUAUGUUGGCAAUGUUUCAGUAGUCUGGUCAGCAUUCGUAUUUCUAAAAGUCAUAUGGUCUGUAAUGGUAAUUUUUGGAAAGACUAACCUUAGCCAAUCAUCAGUUAACAAUUUUUGGCUGGCACUAAAAGUGGCCAAUUACAUUUCCAAGGGGGUCCAUGCUAUCCUUUACACCACCCCUUUGGGUGAACUCCAUCUUAGACGUACUAUUAAUAGACAAAUCUAGGAGUAUAGGGUAAGUUAGCUGUUGUAGAAUUAUAUAGAAAAAAUCAUUUUUAACACAAGGCUGCUACAUACAGUGUUUUCCCAGUUUAAGUACCAGGGCAUCUUUGUUGUGAAAAGGAAGGAAGCUGUCCAUAAUUUUGGCUUUGUUAAAAUGGUAAAUUAAUCCAGUCAUUUUUACUGGUGUGUUAAAGAAACACUAAUCUGUAAAAUAAAACCUCAAUUCUCUUUAUGCCAGUUAUUUCUUCUUCUUCUUUUUAUCAUUUAUUGGUAUUUUCAAAAGACAAAGUACUUGAAAUCAGUUAUUUCUUUUGCUACUCUUCUAAGUUUUUCAUGGUGGCAGUCUUCAUAUAUUCAUGUUGGCAGUUGUUGCAGUUUACUAUGUUUCUGCUGUUUUGAGGCUGUAAAGAAAACAUUAUUUGGAGUGAAACCAGUAGAUUCUAUUUUGAGCUUUGACCAGUCCUGGAUGCAGUUCUUCCACAAUUCUGAUUUCAUUAGUAACUCAAGUAUGAAAACAGGGUUGCCGGUUUGUGUGUUAGCUAGAGCUCCUGUAUGGUGUAAUGGAAUGAAAACAAGGACAAUUUCUGGGAUACUUAUAAUGGAUCCCUGAGUGGGAACUUUCUAGGGGGAAAACUUGCAUUUAAGUUGGUCUUUAUGGGCAAAAACAGCUUAUUUGUGAGUAUCCAUUGGGUGGCAUAUGUCUGCUAUAUUUACCCAAACAGUAACCAGUUGUAACAAUGUCUCUGUUUAACACCAUGUGAAUCCCUCUCAUGGAACAUAACAACCUUUCUCCCUCUGUUUCUGUCUCUCCUGCUCCUCUGGGGCAGCGGCUCCUUAUUAGAAGCAGGCCUGCUGGAUAGACGCUUUCUUUAACAAGGUGAAAGCAACUGAAUGGGACUAGCAUAAACGAGGCAGAAUAUCAACAGUGUGACUCCUCUGUCUGAGCCCUACAUGUUUGGGGAAAAAGUGUUUAACAUACUGUUGGAUUGGCAAUCUGCUGUUGCCUUAUCCCCUCUUGCAAAGCUGUGAAACGGCCUUUCUCCUCCUGCAGAAUAUAUAAAUCUAUCUGGGCUUCAGAAUCUCCAAAUUAAACAUAGGGGCAGGCGCUUGGAAAAUGAAAAUGUAAAUCUGACUUAGAAAAGCAUUUCGGUUCCUUUGCUUUGAGGGGAAAAGGAUCUACACAAGUGCCUCCUUGCUCUGUUUGUGACCUUUAUCAUUUGGCUUAUAUCUAAUACGCCUAAACAAGCAGCAGCCAUGUUUAAGCAGGGAGUGGUUCACGUGAAACAUUUCGUUAACUCUUCAAGGUUCCAGCUCCCAUCUUUGUCUCAGCCGCCUCUCCGAAUGAAAGCAGAAACGUAGAGACAAACGGACUCUUGUAACGAGUCUUUUGAAUGUAUGACUACUUUACAAAAUGAAAUCCUCUAAAACGUGAAAAAAAUAAAACCCAGCUGGCUUUGGCUGAGGAUACACUCAUUAGGUAUUUUAGCUGUGAAAAACUUUGAACAAUUCAAAUGCUUUGCGUCAGAUCUGUUUUGUUGCUUUGGUAAUGUGAGUGUGGAGGGGGAUUCUUUGAAGAUGGAGAUUAAAACCAUGUGAUCAUUUUAAUUAGAUCAUUAGGCAAGAAUUAAGAUCUAUGUUUGUGACUCUCAUUAACAAAAACACCAAGUGGGUGCCAAGAAAGAUUUGUGCAAUGCAUUGAAUGUAUUUUUGCCCUAUUUUCCCUUCCAUUGCAGCAUUUUUCUCCCUUUUUUUCUCGAUGUCAGUACAUUUUUCUUUGUUUUGUUUGCUCUUUUAUUGCGUCAAGGUAAGGGGAAGGUGGGUUAAUCUCUGUCUGUGCUCUCUGUCUUUCAGGCUCUUUGGUACAACAGGGAACUGUGCAGCCUGCAGUAAACUGAUCCCAGCCUUUGAAAUGGUGAUGAGAGCCAGAGAUAAUGUUUACCAUUUGGACUGUUUUGCCUGUCAGCUUUGUAACCAGAGGUAAGAAUGGGGGAUCGUAAACUGCAACAUUGCCUUCUAAAACAACGCAGAUUGAGGGUUAAAGUGGCGUACAGCCUAGAUAUUAAAAGCUGUUGAGGUGGGGCUGAGGGUUUUUUUUUGUUGUAUUUUAUCGAUCCAGUUUUUUAAACAAGUCUGCACUGCAAUGUGAUACAGUAUGAUACAAAUCAGUACAGUACAAUACCAUACAAUGCAACAGGAUACAAUAGAGUGCAAAAAAUACUGUACGAUGCAAAACAAUACUAUACAAUGUACCAUAACGCAAUGUGGUACAAUGUAAUAAGAUAAGAUAUUAUAUAAUGAUAUAAAUAAUACAUGGAACGCAAACCAGUGUGAAACGCUGGUAACACUUUACAAUCGCCUAUCUCUAUAACGCAUUAUACAUAUAUGUAUAAUGUGUUAUAAUCACGUUAUAUAAUGUUUUAUAGCAAUAAUCAGAACACAUUAUAAAUCAUUUUGCCAUGAAUUACAAGUGUUAUAGUUAUUGUUAUAAAGCCUUAUGAUAAUUAAUGAGUGUUUAUAAUGAUAGUUAUACAAGUUUAUGAGCAAAUUGUAACACAUCAUAAAUAUAUGUAUAAUACAUUAUCUAUGUGGGCAUUGUCAGUGAGUUGUUAACAGUUAUAACAUUAUAAUACCUGACCUUGUAAGUCAUGAUAAAAUGCUUUAUAAUGUGUUAUGAUUAUUGCUAUAAAGCAUUAUGAUCAUUUAUGAGUGUUUAUAACUAUACUUAUACAGUGCUUUCAACGUGAUUAUAAUCCAUUAUACAUAUAUUUAUAAUGCGCGAUAGAGAUAGGCGUCAUUUAGCUGCUCCCACAGUGGUAUAGAUACUACAAGAUCCAAAAUAGAGUCACAUUAGUCUAUGUGAUGUAGUUUUUGGAGGGACAGUCAGAGGGCUAAAGGCUGAAACCUUCUUUUUUCACCUCCUGCCGGCUACUGAUACAGCACACAAACUUGGUCUAUAUGGUAGCACUAACAGACGCCACUGAACUUUGGCUUGAUCCACCCUUUGUUGUCUUAUAUGGAGGAGUCUUUUUAAUAAAAUAGCUCCUCACACGGUUUAUUCGCUUGACAGUAACCCACCUUUUACUAUAUAUAAUGUUGGCUGAUUGAGCUAGUCUCCUGUAAACACGUUGCAACUAUCGAAUAUUUUAGUAAUUGAGUAUUUACCGAAUAUUCCAUCGAUUAAUCGAGUAAUCGGAUAAAACAUAUUUUAUUUAGUUAUAGUGCAAUUAUCGUGGAACAACCCCAGAACAAGUGUAUGCGUUAGCGGAUUAGAAUGCUCAUAAGAAAGCUAAUUAUGAUAUUAACUUUCAUUGAGGAGUGUGCAGAGUGGCGCUGUCUCCGCCCACGACUGAGAGGCGAAGUGCUAAUGAUCUUCUGGAGCUCUGCAGAAGAAAAGCUCCUCUCGUCAGUCAUUUUUUCCGCUCUGCAAAACCAAAACCGCGCUUACUCCUCCUUCUACCGUGGUGACAUAAGCGCGUUGUCACCUUGAAAAAAUCCGUGUGAAACAGUGACGAUUCGAGCUUAUAAACGAGGAUUUUUUGUAAUCUAGGUACUGGAGAAUUGUUUCAGCCCUAAAAAACUCUCAGCGUUUCACACUGGUAUACUGAUCACACUGUUAACAAGUAUGCAGCCUAAUUUUUAAAUGACAAAAAUUCAUUAAGAGGCAUCUUAUACUCUGAAUUUUAUUCUAGAUAAAAAAAAAAAAAAACAAACAGCAAUCCUCCGGUAAACACAGACGCACUUGCUAAUGAGAAACAAACACCAUAUGUAUAUGUAGUCAAUUGUCCAAUCAGAUUGUAGGAGAAGGAUUUCUUUUAGUUUGUUUUCGUGGCCGUAGCUGUAACUCAUUGGAGCCAGAUGGAUGUAAAUUUAGCUUCUGUCCAAGAGGAGGUGAAGGAGCUAGAAGUCCUCAGAGGGAAUGUGGCUGCACAAAGGAGAGCAAACUUACAAAGGUGUGAAAUUUUCUUUUUUAAUGAUAGGAACCAUUAUAGGAAGCCUAUGGUAUGAUACACAUUGAAUCUGAUGUACCCAAAUAUUGCUUUUUCCCAUUAAUACACUGUCAGUAAUGGCAGCACUCUGGGAGCAGAACGUCCUUUGCAUGCUUGUCAGGGGUGCUGUGACCCUGUUCCUCCACACAGCACAAGCCCAUUAACCUUGUGCAGGCCACAUUCAGUUACCAUAGUGAACACCUGCUGUAAGGGAAUUAUGACUGCAGUCUCUCUCCUCAGCUGGCAGACAUGAAGCCAGGUCUCAUCUGGCACUCUUGGCCAUGGCUGUUCAACCAGCCUGGCUCAUUACUGAAGCCAAGCUAUGCCCGGCUAUAUUCUUAUCUUCACUCCCCCCUUCAGUCGCAUUAUGGAGCAGUCACACAAACAAACCAAAUCAUAGAGGAGAACAUCAGUAGGCCAGGCUGCUGUGUGUUACUCUCCCGCUUUAAUUCAGUGAGACUGAAGAGGAAAAACAUUCUCCGGCACUGGAACUAAACUGGCAUGUAAAAAGCUAACCCUGUGACAGAGUUUCUGUGGAAACUCUCAUGGUGCCAGUGCCUUUUUUUUUGCCAGGCCGAGAAGGAGAGUUGACCUGCCUUUCAUUGGCUGCCAGCGCUCAUGUCUGCCUGCUUUGAAAUGAGAGGGUUGUAAUCUACUUUAUUUUGAAGCCACAUAUUUAUGAUGACCAUCAAAAGAGGCUUUGAAUCAGACCAGGCAUGGUGUCAGGUGAAACAUCUCAAACCAAAUGUGUGCAAUCAAACACAAUCAUCAUUACCUGCUGAUCUUGAAUGCAACAUUUCCCUGCCAGAGUAGAGCCAGUAAACACAUGCACACACGCACACCACUUUGUCAUAAUGCCAACAGUGAUCGCUUUUGUGUUUUUAACAUUCUCCCUUUGUUUGUUUCUCUCUGCCAACAGGUUUUGCGUGGGGGACAAGUUUUUCCUAAAAAACAACAUGAUUUUGUGUCAAAUGGACUAUGAGGAGGGCCAGCUGAACGGGAGCUUUGAGACACAGGUUCAAUAGUGGGGAACCUCGUGGCAGCAACAAUCGGCGACACACUUUACACACGAGAUGGAUGUUCUGCUGCACUUGGAAAAAAAAAGACAAGCGUCUGUCUGCUUGCCUGCAAUACUUUUUAAGACCCCUUUAUCAGUCCUGAGGGACUGUGUUGUAAAUGUUCAACUUUUUGCCCCUCCCACACCCCAACACUGAGCAGUUACAAAUUUUGAUGUACAGUUGUGCCUGCUUAGCUGAGCACUGUAUUGCUUGUAUGUUUUGUGAAAUUUGUUUCUGGUUUGUUUAAUUUUCCUUUCAGAAAUGGUUCAUUGGAGGGUAUGUACAGUCUGUUUUCUCUGUAUAUAUAAACUGGAACAUUUAUUUUAUGAAAUGUAAUGCAAUUUUAUUACUAGUGUGAAUUAAAGAUUCUUAAAUGUUCAUAGUGAGUUUUUUCUCUUGGACCAAAAACCAAAGUUGUUGAAGGAGGUUUAACCCAUGUGUUGAUAUGUAAUCAUGCCUCCUUAAAAAAUGCAAUGCUAUAAAAAGCCUUGCAAGAGAAAAUAUAUUUGAAGUUCUUCUUCAAAACAUGAUGCAACAGAACACGUUUUAUUACAUUUUGCUGAGUUCUGAUGGAAUUAGAAAUGCUGUUUAAAAUGGACUAAAUAAGAUUUUAUUUGGAAUAAAAGAAUGCUUCUCCAAA